AUGGGAUCCACGCGGCUGUCGCUGACGCCGUUCGUGCGGCACUGGCAGCCGGCCGCGUACGAGCCGCCGCACGCGCUGCGCCGGCGCAGGGCGGCGCCCGCGCAGCCCCCGCCCCCGCCCCCGCACCCGCUGCGUAUCACCUUCCGCGCUCACAACAGGGAAUUCAAGCUGGUGCUGCGGCCAGACCCGAGCUCCGUGUACGCGGAGGGCGUGCAGUUCCACUCGUCAUCCGGCCCGCUCGACUACAACACCGCGCAGGUCUACUCGGGCAAGCUCGAAGAUGAUGAGUCUUCACACGUGUAUGGAGUCAUCACAGCGGAAGGUCUCUUCGAUGGAACUAUCUGGACACCAACAGAAGAGUAUUAUGUGGAACCGUUAUCCCGUUACAACGUAGACCAUCCUUCCAUGCACAGCGUCAUAUACAGAAAGUCGGAUGUUGAUCAUCCUCAUGAAAGCGGAGCCACGCCUUGUGCUUCCCACCUGCUGCACGUCAAAAGAACUCUCGGGAGUCAGGGAGAACUUUUCAAUUUCACAAACCUUCCAGAUAAAGAAUCGUCGCCCCACAACCGCUCUGAAGACCUGAAUAGUGAAAUACAUAGACGCAAAAAGAGAUGGCUCCCCGAAGACGAAAUGCAAGAUGACGAGCCAAAGAAGAACCCCGAAUUACCUUUAGAUUUAGAUGUCCCUUACACCAGUAAUAGUGAUCCUUUUGACAAGUUCAGCACGAGAAAACCAAAAACUAAAAUCGACAAAAGUAACCUCAUAACUAAGGUGCGGCUCGAUUCUGAAGAGUCGAGACCUAGCAAGCCAAAGACGCACGUCGAAGUGAUCAAAACGAAGGCAGGAGUCGUGACAGUCAGUAAAGAUAUAGUCAAGAAGGAGCCAGUAGGAUAUACAGUGCUGUCGGCCAACGGGACCGACGACGGCCGCCAUGUAAAUAAGAGAGCCACGGUAGACCCUAGGAAAACAACUUGUUUAGUGUACUUGCAAGCCGACCACAUGUUUUUUCAACGUUACGGAUCGGAGGAGGCCUGCAUAGAAGUCAUGACUCGACAUGUACAAAAAGUCAACGCGAUAUACAAAGUCACGGACUUCAAUCAAGACGGCAAGCCCGACAACAUAACCUUUAUGAUCAAAAGAAUAAAGGUUCAUACGUUAGACGCAUUAAAGGAGCCUUCGUAUAGGUUUCCCAACAACUACGGCGUUGAGAAAUACUUAGAGCUUUUUUCAGAAGAAGAUUACGACGCAUUUUGUUUGGCAUACAUGUUCACGUACAGAGAUUUUGAGAUGGGCACUUUGGGUCUGGCUUGGACGGGCGAUCUCAAGAAUGCUGGUGGCGUCUGCGAAAAGAAUGGGCACUACCGAGGGAGUAUGAAGUCGCUAAACACAGGCAUAGUGACGUUACUAAACUACGGCAAACAUGUCCCGCCAGCGGUAUCCCACGUCACUCUCGCGCACGAGAUUGGUCACAACUUCGGUUCUCCGCACGACCCUGAGGUGUGUACGCCAUUCGGCGAAGACGGCAACUACAUAAUGUUCGCACGCGCCACCAGCGGCGAUCGGAAGAACAACAACAAAUUCUCGCCUUGCUCGCUCCGCGCUAUAGACCCGGUGCUCAACAACAAGGCGCGUUCUCCGAAAGGCUGCUUCACAGAACCUCAACCAGCGAUCUGCGGCAACGGCGUGGUGGAGGAAGGCGAGGAGUGCGACUGCGGCUGGGCCUCCGAGUGCACGGACGUGUGCUGUCGGCCGCAGGCGCCGCGCCCCCACUAUAAGCCCUGCACGCUUACAGAACACAGCGUCUGCAGCCCUAGCCAGGGUCCUUGCUGCACCGCCUCCUGCACGCUCAAGUUCGGCGACAAGUGUCGCUCGGACAACGGCUGCCGCGACGCCGCCCAUUGCGACGGCAAGCGCGCCGCCUGCCCCGCUAGCCGACACAAGCCCAACCGCACGCGCUGCGACAAGGAGCUGGUUUGCUACAUGGGAGAGUGCACGGGCUCCAUCUGCCUGGCGUACGGGCUGGAAUCGUGCCAAUGCGCGGCCCGGGCGGACGACGCGCGAGCGGCCUGCGAACUUUGCUGCCGCAAGCCGGGCGGGCCCUGCCUGUCGUCCUUCCACUGGAACGCGCCGCCCUAUGACGUGCCCGACAUGUAUGCUAAACCGGGCACGCCUUGCAACGAUUACAACGGCUACUGCGACGUGUUCCAGCGCUGCCGGGAGGUGGACCCGUCGGGCCCGCUGGCCACGCUGCGCAAGCUGCUGCUGUCGGACGAGAGCAUCGCCGGCUUCAAGCGCUGGGUGCUGCGCCACUGGUACGCCGUGCUGCUCAUCCUGCUUGCCGUCAUCGCGCUGCUGUUUGCAAGCACACGUUUCUUCGGCCGGCACGGCAAGAAACUCAAGUCCGUCACCAUCAUACAUUCGUCCACCACUGAAACCGUCCGCCUGCCCGACGCGGCCGACCAAGGCCUCAUUGUACAUACAGCUGUAAGGUCGAAAGUUCCUCUUAAAAAGAAAGUAGCCUUACGCACACGCGCGUAUCGCAACAAGAAGGACCUCAAGAAAUUAGGGGACAAAGCGUCUCCGUCUCACAGUGCCAAUAAAAAGAGAAAGCCAAUUUCUCAACCGAAACAAGAAGAAACCCAUAAGGUUACUAAAGAAAGUACUGCAAUCGUAACGAAUGCAGAGGGCAAAUCCCCGAAACACGUGAUAUUAUCCAAACACAAAGGCAAAGUUAAAAAGCGGAAAACGAAAAUGAAAAAGGAGACUAUAGACUACAGUUCCAUGCAAAAGCAUCCCUCGUCCCCCACGAAGGACACCGAAGCUCUGACCAAGGUGCAAAAAUGGUUACUGAGCUCACCGCAGCCGACGGUCAUCCCCAAGUCGAAGUCCAUCCCGGUCAACCUCACCGACCGCGCUCACAGGCAGGUGCAGAAGGGCACGCGCAAAACCCGGCCCUCGAAGAGCGCCACGAACCUCCUCACGGGGGAGAAGGCGAGGCUGCAGGUCGUGUUCAAGCCACCCUUCCGGUUCAGUGUCAAAAUCUGCAAGAGCGACAAAACCAAAGUGGUCCUCGACAAAUCUUCCAAGCCCGACGUGGACAGGAAGCGUCACGAAGCCCCGCCCGCGCAGACCAUCUCCGCGGAACUCGCCAAAUCCAGUCCAUCCAGUAAGCACCAGAAAAAUUCCAACUCGACGAGGGUCGACAACCCCGCGCCCGGCCUCCCGAAGCCGGACGCGGCGCCGGCGCCCGACGGCGGCGACCACGGCUACGCCAACCUGCUGCCGCGCAGUGCCAGCGACUGCAAGCUCGCCCGGAAGCCGCUCGAGGUGAAGCUGCGCGCCGGCCACCGCAAGAGCAACUCGGUCGGCCAGCGCCGCGACACCACCGACAGCCGCCAGAACCUCAUCGCGCCCGACGACGACCACGCGCACGUGUACGAGAACGUCGCGCACGACGCGCCCGCGCCCGCCUCGUGCCGCAUGCCGCGCCGCGCGCCGCCCGUCGCGCGCCAGGCCUCGCACCCGCACCUGCCGCGCGCGCGCCACCACCGCCGCCGCGGCAGCAGCGCCGAGCUCGACCACUUCUACAGCGUCAUCGAGUCGCUGCGCCGCGGGCCGCACGCGCCCGCCGCCUCCGACGCCGGCUCGUCGGGCAGCUCGGCGGGCGCGGCGCUGCGGCGCCAGCUGAGCGAGGCGGAGCUGGGCGCGGACGCCGUGCGCGGCUUCCAGCUCGUGGUGGGCAAGAGCCGGCUGAAGCGGCAGCUGAGCGACAACGAGCUGUGCCGCUCGCGCGUGCGGCUGGCGAUGCCGAUGUCGGCGGGCGCGGAGCCGCGGCAGGCCUUCUGCUGGGCGCCGGCGGGCCGCCAGCGCGGCGCCUGCACGUUCGGCGAGCUGAAGCACGCGGCCCCGAGCGCCGCCGAGCCCGCGCCCGCGCCCGCCUGCCCGGCGCUGCCCGACUGA